AUGCAAACAUCCAUAGUGGACGAAACUUCGAAUGUGUGGAGCAACUCGUUGCCUCCAAGCAAAGAAAUCGUUUCCAUUUCUUCAGAGCACUCACCAAGAAAGCACAGAAAUGGAUUGUUUCACACGCAGCAUGAUUCAAACUCGAAUUCAGAGAGUGGGGAAGAGGAUUCGGAUGAUGCUUCGCAAUCAGUGGUUUUGGAGGUGAAGAAUGUUCACAAAACUUAUCUUCUUGGACUGGAGGGCGUUCCAGCAAUUCGAGGAGUGGAUCUGUGUGUCCACCGAGGUGAAUUCGUUAUCAUCGUGGGCAAAUCAGGUUCUGGAAAGAGUUCCCUGUUGAACAUCCUCGGAACUGUCGAUAGUCCCACCCGGGGAGAGCUCUCCAUCGCAGGAUAUACAUUCCAUGACAAAGUGAGCGAUCGAAUCGUGUCCCAGAUUCGAUUAAAUGCUAUCGGGUUCGUCUUCCAGACAUUUAACCUUAUUCCUGGAAUGACCGCAGCGCAAAACAUCGAGCUCCCCUUGAUUCUGAAGGGCGAACUCACACGCAGUCAGCGUCGUGAAGCCGUCGACGAGUUGCUUCAGCGUGUAGGAAUGGCAGAGCGCCGAGAUCACUACCCAUCGCAGCUCAGCGGAGGCGAGCAGCAGCGUGUUUCAAUCGCUCGCGGACUGGCGAAUAGUCCAGACUUACUGUUGCUGGAUGAGCCAACGGGAGAUUUAGACACGUUGAACACAAUUCGAAUAAUGAAUUUGCUUGUUGAGUUGAACAAUAUGGGAACGACACUAGUGAUGGUGACGCACGAUAUGCAACUCCCAUCAAUCGCUACACGCGUUAUCGUUAUGAGCGAUGGCAAGGUCAAAGAUGUAUUGGAGAACUCGGACGAAAAACGCUUUCAAGCUCUGCAGCAACUGAAUAAUGGAAUCGAAGAUCUGAGCGUUUUUGAAAUGGGAAACGCGUCCGUAGAUUCCAGCACUUACUCGACUCCCACGGAAGUCAGAAAACCCGAAAACUAUGACCGAGAAGUUUAUGGAGGCGGUAUUAAGUGUUUGUUAUUAAUCAUGAAAGUUGACUGUCUUGUUUAUGUUUUAUUGGUGUUCUUUGUUGUUUGUACGAUGGUAUCGAUCGUCGUCAUGAACAAAGAAGUAACGGCGCCUUACAUGGAUGAGAUUUUCCAUUUUUCGAUGACACAAAACUAUUUGGAAGGAAACUACACCUAUUGGGAUCCGAAGAUCACGACUUUUCCUGGACUUUAUGUGAUCGGCACAUUAUAUUGCAAGCUGUAUUCCUUGUUUUUCGCUACUGGGGAUGCUGGAUGCAGUUUAUCAGCAUUGCGCUGGAUGAACAUGCUAUUUCUCUACUUAACAGCAUUCUCUGUAUAUCAAAUCAUCCAUUUUCUCCAUCCUGCGAAUCGAGUAAAGUCGUAUUUGUGGACGAUUCAAGUGAUGUCGGUCCCUACGAUUCUCGAUGCGUAUUUCCUAUAUUACACGGAUGGAGUAUCGCUGUAUUUCGCAUCCACAUCGAUAUUAUUUGCAAUCCUGAGUGAUCGAGGAAAUAAGUAUGGAUUCAUUAUUCUGAGUGCUCUUUUCUCAUCGUUCGCCGUGUUCUGUCGACAGACAAACAUCAUUCUCUCUGUUUUGAACCCGGCUCUCAUUUUACUCCUCCGCUAUGGAUUGGUUUGGAAGAGUGAGAAAUACGCGAAGUUUGGAACACAAAUCAUUCAUUUACUUUCUUUGAUUUUCUCCGAAUUCCAAUUCGUUCUUCGUCUCGCUAUUCCAUACCUCGUUUUAUUCAUUUCCUUCGUCGUGUUCUUCGUGAAGAACGGAUUUUCGGUGGUAUUGGGCGAUCGCGAGCAUCAUUCCAUGUCGCUCCAUCUAAUGCAGCUUUGCUACUUUUCUGUUUUCUUCUGCCUCGUUGGUAUCGCUACAUCCGCCACCCCGAAAAGAUCAACAAAACGCUGCUUGGUUUGUAUCUUUUCUGUUUGUUUUUGUCUUUUCUGUUUUCAUUUUGCUGCUGAUUUCACGCUCAGAUUCGUUGAGAAAUUCACGUUUAUUCAUCCGUUUAUUCGCUCCGAUAAUCGCCACUUUGUUUUUUACAUUUUUAAAGAUAUCGUGAUUGUACUUUUUCCUUUCUUUUUUCUCAAAUCACAGCCUUUCAAGUAUUUCUUAAUUCCGAUUUACGCGGCUUCGCUGCUUGGAAUGGUGAGAGAGCUUCUGUCGAGCGUUACGAGCUUGUUGGUGCUGGUUUCUGGCGUUCUUUUUGCUCUGAUUCUUGUUUCUUCUCCUUUGGUUGAGUGUGAUUCGAUGGAGUUUGCGAGUGUAGAUUUCGGUAUUAUUCGCUCCCGAUUUUGUUUUACAUCUGCAUUGUCCGCCCUCGCACGCACCCCAUUAUUUCGCUUACGAUUUCUCUCACGCUCAAUCUGA